AUGAAGCUGUUAUUGGUGAUCACUUCGCUACCGUUCUUAGUCAGCCAAGAAAUUAGUUUUGAUGACGACCUCAACCUGGAUCCGACUCUAGGCGAUAGAUUUACCCAUUUCUUGGAUUGCAAGACGAAAGAUGGAAGAGACGGUCUAUGCGUACAGGAGUCGUACUGCAAUGAAGACCACACUAUUAUGCCGGGAGGUGUGAUAGCCGAAACUGAAUUUAGAGAAAUGACAACGAAACCUUGUCCGGGGCUUUUCAUGUGGUGUUGCACUCAAGAUUCUGCGUUAGGUCCGCCGGUGAUAAACGACACUCGUAGUGACAGUUGCCAAGCUUUGGAUCAUGACCGAUGCCCGUGGUGUGUAAAACUAUAUAAAGUUUCUGACUUAAAAAACACGGAUACAGAUGUGUUUUGCGCUGGAUCACUAAUCGGCUCUCGUAUUAUUUUAACGGCGGCUACUUGUUUGAAAUCGGCGCAGCAUCACAUGUUGUACGCUCGGAUACCUUCAUCUGCCAAUCCGAAUCAAAAAUACAUCGCAAAACAUCGAAAGUUACACCCUCAGUACAAUACAGGCACACAUUGGUUUGAUUUUGGGAUAAUUGUACUAGAAGAAGAAGUGAAUUGGGGAGUCACCCCUGCGCGAGGAGCUUGCCUGAACUUCGGAGAGAUCAGCGGAAGGUGUUUUACACUUGGCUAUGAUACUAAUGAUGAAUUUGUUUCGACGAUACUAAAAGUAUCUAAAGGCGCCUGCAGUAACAUGGGCGGAGGCGGUUCCACCGAUGUGUCCUGCGGCACGAGUAUGGAAAAGCUAUGCUUUGCGUCUCCCGGAGCACCCGUUAUUUGCGAGUCUAGUUUAGGAGGUUUGGUGUUGCAAGGCAUAGUGCGGUCUGGUUGUGAACAGAAAAAUGUCUCACUCGGAACUCUUACAUCUCCCAAUCCUUGGAUCAUUAGAGAACUGGACGCCAUGCAUGUCUCCAAAAAUAUAUAUACACAACGU